UGGUUGGCGAGUGCGGUUGGCGGCCAUCUUCUAAUGAUCGUCCGAAAGGUGGCUCUAAAUCCUCCUCAAGUGAAGUAGAGGACCCUGAAGAGAGGCUAGCGAGAAGUUACCGUCGAAACCCGACAACAACCGAGGGGAAGUAUUAAAGCCGAGACCGAGCGUUGUCGAACUCGCCCGUGAGGUUCUGUGGUAUGACAGGAACGGAACGCGCUGACUCCUUCAAAAAACGUUUAUUAUUAAAACAAUUCGGAUAAAUGUGUGUGAAUUAUGUGAAUAUUGCACGGGCGAAACUGUGAAGCAACGUCGUAUACCCUCGUUCAGCUCCAUUUUACAGAACUAGCAAUAUUAAAGUCAGUACAACGUCAAGUGUUCCUGGUGAUGGCGCUAUGGCCGCUAAACAAGUAAGGAGUAAAUCCGCCUUAACCUCAUUUUAAACUUUUGUAAACAAGAAGUGACCCUAAGCAGCUAUAAUAUAGAGGAUUGCUCUCACAAUUCAGCAGUCUAGGCAAUCACUAGCGAUGUGAUGCGAAACAUGGGAAAUGAGUGUUUGUUGACACGACUGCGAACAACAUUUCUUGACUGUUAGCCCUAAAUAAAGACCAGCGCAAUGAAUAAUAAUGCAAAAAAUAACUCGAACAACUCCUCUGGAAGCACAUCGUCUAAUAGCAACUCCACUAAUACCAUCAAUAGUAGUGUUAAACAGGAGAAGCAAGAUGAUCCGGAAAUCAGAGAGUUGGCUGCUAAGUUUAUGGAGGCAAAUAAAGCUAAAAUGGCACUGCCCCAAAGAAAUCAACCAACUGCGGGGCAGAGCAUGAACAUUCUAACAUUUUUGAGCGACAAACCUAAACUGAAAUCCACAACUAGCACAGAGGAAACUAAAAACAUUGAUGAAGAAUCAGUUAAAGGUAGAUUUGGAUGGACUUCCAUGGGUAAAGUACAUAUUCCAUACAUUAUACGCUCAGGAGAAAACUACUGUGCUGUUCGGAUGGUUGAAAUUAAAGUUCUGAACAAGUGGUUGAAUUAUUUACAUCAAGAUCUAUACAACUGUACCAACAUUAGAAGUUACUACAUAACCGAAGUUGAAGCCCGUCUCUUAAACGAAAUUAAUCUAAAGCAUUGUGAUUACCAGUUUGGAAGAGAGCAAUUUACUUCAAGAGACUUAAUAGUUCGACUGUCCGAUGCAAACGAGUUUUACCAAUUUUUAGGACAUUGUUAUCACAAGUUAGUGAAUACCCUGGAAACUGAACUGACUAGUCGUUGCGGAUUUAUUCGAAUUAAUAGGGAAUCAGUAGUUCCGUUUACAGUAUAUAAUGACCAAAAAUACGUGCCCCUUUUCUACUUUGAGGGCGAAACUGAUAAUCUUAAGCAGAGAGCUGACAAACUGGAAGGCUGGGACCUUUCCUAUUUGAAGUUUUGUUGUAAAGUGCAGGGCAUCAGGAAUGAACUAUUUGCCCAUGACUCCUGCUCCGUCAUUAGCUUAAGCGAUAUCAAAAAUUACUUUCCUCCUGGGACAAUUUUCGAAGACUAUUGGCCCAAAAAAAAUUUGGAUUCGUCCCAGCUUCUGGUUUCUGGAAGAACAAGCUUGCCACAAAAUGUUCAUUGGACGAGACAGCCUGUUGCGCCACCAAUUGCGACCCACCCGCCUCCCAGCCCUAAACCAGCUACGCAAGCCAAAGCAGCGUCCAAUGGACCCAUGCACAAUGUGCAUGUUUUUGGGAACAACUACGCUAUUGCUGGCAGUCAACCUACGUAUCAUGCCACUCAACCCAGAGCUGCCAGCUCAGCGGUAAGGGCGACUUACUCUGCUACGUCUACCCGCCACUUGAGGCCUGCGGCUUACUAUGGUAACAUCGGCCAAGCUCCUCCACCUCCACUAGUUAGAUCAGCAACUUAUCGCUUUAAUCCGGCAGCAGCCUGUGAUCAGAGGCUGGAUGAUAGCUCUUGGAUGGGUCAAUACAAUCCCCCAAAAAACACUGGUAACAACUACAUGGUUGUUGAGCUUCCUAACAAUUAUCAUCCAGGAACUCCACAAAGUAACUACCCUCCACCACCACUGCUGCAACACAUGAAUGGGUCCAUAUCAAGAUAUGAUGUUCCCCAAAGCAAUUUUGGUACAAACCGAUCGUUAGACACAAUUGUAAAUCAAAAUCCGGCGCAUCAAGCAUCGUCUAGGACACAGACAACCGUCUCGACUGCACAAGAGAAUAAUCCAGCCUUAACUAACGGAAGGUCAUUACUAAACAACUCAGGCAGUAGGAACAAACUAAUAAAUCUACCUGAAUCAAGCCCUCCUCAAACAGCAGGCCCUAACAUUCCAUAUAAAAUGCAGAAAGCUCAGGUUCAAGGAAAAAUGCUUAGUUUAAUAAACAUGAAAGUAAAUGUAUUCACGGAGCAUCUCGUCACAUUGCAAGACUUGGUUAUGACCUUUUUUAAUGGGGUACCUGUGCAGAGCUGCCUCAAAGUCAUGGAAGUUUUAGGCAUUGAGGUUUAUAAUGCGAACGCCGGCCAAAUGCAGGUACUUAUUGAGAAUGGCAAGUGUACAAAUAGGCAUGAAGCAGUACCUUUAGUUCAAGUAAGAAAUGUGAUAGAUUAUAUGCCACAGUUGAAGUAUAUGUUGAGUGGAAUGUUAUCUGAGGGGCCCGGUAAAAGACAAAGAAAUAGCUAGGGGUCAAUUAUUUGGAGGCCACCAUGGACGAAUGAUGAGCCACCUAGUUUCGAAGUGCCACCGCGGAUAGACAAUUCACCAUGCCUCCACGCAUCUCCUACCGUUAAUAUGUUCAGUGAAAUUCGGAAAAAAUAUCAAUCACUUACUCAAUUGGAAAAAUUGGCUGAAAAUUAUGUUACUAACGUGGGCGAUGCAUAUUGGGAUCACAUGUCAAAUUAUCUGCUGGACGCUACUAUCCAGUAUCAUCUGGAUAACAGUUUGUUGAAACAGGAAACUAAGGCUCAGAGUAAGUUAUCCUUGAAUGACCCUCGAUUUAAUUGUUAUUGGUGAGGAAGGGCACAUCUAUUUUUUAAAAGUUUGUUCCUAUGAGAGUGUAAAUCCAUAUAGACAUUAUUCAAAGUUGAAGUACAUCGUAUUGUAUUUAUAUGGUUUAUGCUGAUAUUUUAUCAUUUUUUUUACGUUUAAAUAACCCUGUAAGGAAUGUGCGUAAUGUGACACUUUUACAGAUAUUUCAAUUUAAAUUAAUUAUUUAUGUAAUAGAUACAUGGAGUAUGCAACAUACAGAAAGAUAUCUAAUUAAAUAUGUCAAAAUCGCACAACGUUUUCCUUUGGCAGCCAAAUUAGUUUCUGACAAUUUUACAUCUUGUACAUGUAAUUAAUUGUCGGUUAAGUUAAGAAAUAAAUUGAACCGAUUUUAUUUAUGUUGCAUACUUUAGUUUUAAUAGUUUUUAAUCAUCUGGUUGUAUUUCGACAGUCGCUUUUGAAAUAGAUUUAUCAUGUAAAGCAAUUAUCACUAUGCCACACUCUCAUGGAAGAAUGAUCAAUUAUUUCGAGUUAAAGUACAAAAAGUACAAUUGAAUUUAAAGUGAUGAACUACUUGAAUAUUCUUCUUAAGGGAGCAUACACAACAUACAAGGCAUACGCUUUACUUGAUACGACUCGUCAAAAUCAACAGUCGUUCGGUUGGAUACACUUCUAAAUUCACCAGUCAAAUAUGUAACUGUAAGGAAACUGCCAAUAUUUUCUUUGAACAUUUAAUACAGAUUAAAAAGCGGCUAGGUAUUACUGUUUAAGUUGGUUGGAAUCUCACAAUGAAACAAUUCAUUUUGAUAACAGUAUUGAAUUUGAUUGCUGAAUUUGUACGUUUAAAUGUUAUUAAUUUAUAGUUUUUGAGUGGCAUUUGUAUAGUUAAUUUAAAGGAGAAUAUCUGUCCAUAGCAUCCGUUAUAAGGAUUAUUUAUUUUAGGUAAACAGUAUAUCCUAACUAGCUGUUAACUUAAUGUGAAUUUGUCCAUGGUAGGGGUUAAAUAGAAAUAUGUAAUCCGAAACAAUAUGUAGCUGAAACAUUUCAAUUUCCAUUUUAUCUUUAACUCUCAUAUAAUUUUCAAUUCUUUGGCAACGCGUUGUCUUGUCUCGAACUCCAUGUGACUCAAUACGUUUUAAAGAUUCCGUUUCAUCUUAAACUUGUCUAUAUGUUUAAAAAAAGGGUUGCAAAUUAAUUUAUAACGCAAAAAUGCUUAUUUAUGAGCGUAUGCAUUUGGGGUUGAGCUCCAAAGCAAGAUGUUGCCAAAAUGUGAGUCUUAAGUUUGUUUAUUCAUCACCUAUAUCUACGGUUUUUUAGCAGGUUUGCAUUCGUAAUCACAGUGUCUGUUGUUUGUUGGAACAUAAAAAGCGAAACUGGCUCUGAUAAUCUGAGUCAACUAUGAUGUGACCUUAAAACAUGCGUGAGUGUAACUUGCGCUUUUAUUUUGUAUCAUUUUUAUUAAAUAAUAAAACUAUUAAUUUUCGCAGACACACCUUAAAAACAGCUGUCGAAGAUCACAACCCAAAUGUUCUAUUUAAUAAUGGGCUAUAUGUUUAGAAACAAUGCAUUUAUACUUUUUAGUGUCCAAUUUGUUAUAUCAGAGUAAAAGGUACAUCUUCAAUGUAGUUCGGUCGCAAGCCAGGGUAAUAUGCAAAUGUAGUGAUUUUGCAUUUUGUGCCAAUUUCAUAAAUUCGCUUGAUUAAAAGUCUUCAAGCUCCUUGUUCUGAUGAUAAUAGUUUUGAGAUUACUAGAUUGUGUAGUUCACCGACGAAUAUGUGAUAUUUGUUUUAUUUUCUUCUGAUGACGAGCCUUAAGAUGCUGAUUGUUAUCACACAUUUGCAAGUAGAAAGGAGUGUUACUGUGCAAUUUAAUAAUCGUAAUUUUUUAAACGUUUUGCUAGUUAAAGAGGUGAUGAAUUAACGAUCUGCGUAUUUUGUGUUAAGUAAGAGAGCUAAGACCGUACAUAUGUUUAGCAUGUAAUGAUGGAGUUAUAGGUAACAUUUAUCAAACCUGUAUUAUUUAUAUAUAAAUUUAAUUUUUUGAGAUUUCCAUGUUUGAUUUUUGCCAGCACAAUUAACGUUGAGGAUAUUUGGAAAUAUGAAUGCAUUAUUUCGUUUGCUUCGUAUUAAUAUGAUUUCCCCUAAAUAGACCAAAAAUUUACACAUUCAGUAUACGUUUAUCAGCUCUAGUUGCUUCACUUAUAUACAGUUUUGAAUAACAUAUAAGGGUGUAGUAUAUUGUACAUAAAUAAAUUAUUUUGCUUUUUUCUGUGAAAAAAAAAGGGGGAACCAAUUUCUCUGAUUACAAAGACUCUUCGAGUGCUUGACCUUGUAUUACCAGUUAGAAGGUAUUUUGUUAUGGAAUAAGGAAAAUUAUUUACAAGAAUAAUAGAUACGUAAAUAUUAAGAAAUUUGUAAUUAUACUUAAUUUUUGGCUCUCUUGAAUAUUUGAUUAUUCUUUGAUAUAAGAACUGAACGAGAGUUAUUGGCACACAAAUUUCUCCCACUAAACCACUUUUUAAAUGUAAAAAUGAAAGAACUGUUUUCUCUCUCUCGGAAAACUUCCCUUUAGUAAGAACAAUGUAUAAACACUUCUAAUUUUACUAAAUAGUGUGCAGUUAAUUUGUUAAUUGGCAAGUUUGUUUCAUACUAUUAGUAGUCUUAAUAUUACGAUAAAUGUACAUAAACAGACAUUACUCAAAUACAUCUUUUAAGUUCUAUUACUAA